AUGCCAUCAGAGAUCGACGACAUAUUCUCGGGCAAGGUCCCAUCCUCGUCAUCCACCACCGGCGUCGGUCCAUCCACCUCUUCGUCGUCGUCCUCGGCCCCAUCGAAGAAGAAGAAAAGGGGGGACGGGAAAAAGGACCUGGCACCGUCCUCGUCCAGCCUCGACGUCCCUCUGGCGUCGUCGAGCAAGAAACGGAAACAACCCAGCAGCAGUAGCAGCGUCGACCUCAUCUCUGAGACUGCGACCGCGACUGGAUCAGGGGUCACGGCGGUGAAGAAGUCGAAGAAGGACAAAAGGGCAAAGCAGGUGCAGGUACAGGUUCUCCACGAUCCGUCCGCCGCCGUCGUCGUCGAUUCCACCACCAGCGGUAGCGGUGCGACGUCGACCAAGGGAAGCAAGAAGAAGCGAAAGGGCGGUGCGGCAGAGGGGAUAGAGGGAUAUGAUGCGGAGCAGCAGAAGGAGCUCGAGGAGUUUAUGGAUUCCAGAGGAUCCAGUCGGAAGAGGACAGACGAUGGUCUGCCCAUCUACUCCGAGGCCGAACUCCGGAUCGGUCAAGGCGGAGACACGCCGCUGUGUCCGUUCGACUGCGAUUGCUGUUUCUGA